AUGCUCUCUGCACCAACACUUGCCGCGGCCUGCUUGGCAUUGGCUUCUUUAUACUGGCUAUCAUGGUGCGUGUAUGCCUUGUACUUCCAUCCCGCAUCGAAGUACCCUGGACCUAAGCUUGCAGCGGUUUCAGAGGUUUGGUACGUCUGGAGGACACUUAGUGGAAAGGAGCAAUCCAUCAUGAGGAGAGUCCAUGAGAAAUACGGCCCCGUCGUGCGAAUCGCCCCCAAUGAACUGUCCUUCGAUUCAGUUCAGUCCAUGCGCGACAUAUUGUUACCUAAGAGCAAAGGGCCGUUCAUCAAGUCGGAGCUGCUGUAUGACACGGGAGACCCAGCUCCCCCGCUGGGUUACCUACGAGACUACGACGCCCACGCACUCUAUCGAAAGCGCAUGGCUCCUAGCUUCAGCGCUACAGCAUUAAGAGUCCAGGAGGGAGUAAUCAAUGAAUACUUAGACUUGUGGAUCAAACGACUGCCAGAGCUCGGCGGUGAGAACACCAACGGCCUCGAAAUGGGUGAGGCAUUCACGUGGUUGACGUUCGACAUAAUGGGGCGGCUGGGAUUUGGCCAGGGUUUUGACUGCAUUAAGAACGGCAAGUCAAGCGCAUGGGUGGCACUGAUGAGCAAAGCCGAAUGGCUACCGCUGUACGCCUUGGCAGGCUUGCGCAAGAGGUUCCCGGCCAUUGUGGCAUUUAUACCAUUCCUCCUCCCCAAGGGCGCGCCGGGCAAGAUUAAACAGCACAAGGAGAUGUCGGCCGAUAUGGUGCGCAAGCGCAUCCAGAUGGACCAGAUCGAAGAUGACUGGUUUGCGCCCGUCGUGCGAGAUAUCAAACUGGGCAAGGAGAGCCCACAGUACAUGGAAUCCGAAACGAGCUUCUUUGCAAUGGCGGGCGCAGAGACCACAGCUACUGCUCUGUUGGCAGCGAUGUACUUCCUGAAGACGAACCCGGAGUGGCUUGGCAAGCUACGCAAGGAGAUAACCGAUGCCUGCGGCUCUUCCUACGUAGGGAUCACCGGCUCCUCGACUGCAGCGCUUCCCUAUCUGAAUGCGUUCAUCCAGGAAUCAAUCCGGCGGUACGGCCCUGUGCCAAUGGGGCUGCCCAGAAUCUCGCCUGGAGCAUUCAUCGAUGGCCAUUACGUCCCCGAAGGCAUGAAAAUGUCCACAAACAUAUGGCUAGCGCAACACAACCCGAGGUCGUGGGUCGACCCUGAAGAGUUCAAGCCGGAGCGCUGGCUUGGAGACCCUGACUGGCAGGUGGACGGAGAAGUUCCAGGGAUGAUAGGAUUCAGCCUGGGACGCAACCAGUGCCUCGGGAUUAACUUGGCGUAUUUGGAGUUGCGGCUCAUCCUGUCAAAACUCGUGUUCUCAUACGAUUGGGAGAUCAUCAAAGAACCCAAGAACUUGGUCGACGAGAGCGAAGUGUAUUUUCUGUGGAAGAAGCCGAAGUAUGUGGUCAAGUUUCAUCCUGUGGCCCAUCAGUAA